CCAGUAUGGGGUGAACCUGGGAAAGUGGGGGAGAACUCAGCACCUCGACCUUUGGCUAGAUGGACCUCGGCCCAUCACACCCGCCCCCUGCUCUCGCCUAUUGGCCACAAACACUUCCUGCUCAAGGAUCUCCAGGGCCAUAAAUACCCUCUGUCUAGGGGGUAAAUGCUCUAGCCCUGGUGGCCAGGGGCCCAGACCUCAUCUGCAGGCCUCCCAGGCGUGAGCCCUACCAGGCUCUCCCCCCAGCACAGGGAUGUGCUCGCUGCCUGUGCCCCGGGAGCCCUUGCGCCGCGUGGCUGUGACUGGGGGCACCCAUGGCAACGAGAUGUCUGGCGUCUACCUGGCCCGGCACUGGCUUCGCGACCCGAGUGAGCUGCAGAGACCCAGCUUCUCUGCCAUGCCCGUGCUGGCCAACCCGGAGGCCACAGCCGCCUGCCGCCGCUACGUGGGCCGCGACCUCAACCGCACCUUCACUAGCACCUUCCUCACUGCCAGAGCCACCCCGGAUGAUCCAUACGAGGUGACAAGAGCCCGAGAGCUGAACCAGCUGCUGGGGCCCAAAGCCUCAGGCCGAGCCUUUGACUUCGUCCUCGACCUACACAACACCACAGCCAACAUGGGCUCCUGCCUCAUCGCCGAAGCUGCCCACAACAUCUUUGCCAUGCACAUGUGUCACCACCUCCAGCUGCAGAGCCCGGAGUUGCCCUGUCGGGUGUUCUUGUACCAGCUGCCUGGGGUGGAGACCUACAGCGUGGACUCAGUGGCCAAGAACGGAAUGGCCCUGGAGCUGGGCCCUCAGCCACAGGGCGUCCUACGGGCUGACAUCUUCCUCCGGAUGAGGGCCCUGGUGGCUGCAGCUCUGGACUUCAUCGAGCUCUUCAACCAAGGCACUGCCUUUCCUGCCUUCGAGAUGGAAGCCUACAGAACUCUGGGUGCCGUGGACUUCCCGCGCACUGACGACGGGGGCCUGGCAGGCUUCGUGCAUCCUCAGCUGCAGGACCAAGACUUUCAGCCACUGCGGCCCGGUGCUCCCAUCUUCCAGAUGUUCAGCGGCGAGGACGUGCUCUACGAGGGCGACUCCACUGUGUACCCUGUGUUCAUCAACGAGGCUGCGUACUACGAGAAGGGCACGGCCUUCUUCCAGACUGAGAAGCUCACCUUCUCCGUGCCUGCCCUGCCUGCUCUGGCCUCUGCCUCCACCCCCACUCCCUAACCCGAGCCUCCUCAGCCCCGCCGUGCCUUCCCACCUGAACAACGCCCCGAGGUGCAGCUCUGAGUCCAGGGCCCUCCUCACCACCUCCUGGGCACUAUGUCCCUUGCCAGGCCCCCGCUGUUGGGCCUCAGUCUCCCGUCCUAUAAAAUGGAAAACGUCCUGGGGUUCAUGGUUUGUGUCCUGCACGGCCCCUCUCGACCUGGGAUAUGCAUGGAGAAAGGAAAGGGUGACUACAGGAUCUGGGGCAGGUCUGGCCCAGUGUAGCUGUGUGUCCUGGAACCAGUGGUGGCUGUCUCUGUGCCCAGGGUGUAAAGAUCUUGCAGAAGAAGACUUGGAGAAGGACAGUC